AUGCCUCCAUCGCAGCCAAGCCCGCUCCCGGACAGCUCCCGCCUGUCCCGCAGACCCCGCUCGGCCCGGCCCUGGGCGGGGCCGGCCCCGCCCGCAUCCAACCCGCGCCCGCCGCGUCAUCGCGCGGCGCCCGCGGCGCGUGGGGCACGUGCGGCGUGUUGUGGUGCGGGGGCCAUGGCGGGGCCGGAGCAGCUGCGGCUGCUGAGCCGCCGCGUCUGGGAGCCCGCGCUGGCCCGGGCGCACCGCGCCGCCCUCCUGCUGGACGCUCCCGCCGCCGAGGCGCUGCACUGGGCCGGCGGGGCGGGCGAGCUGCUGGCGGCCGGCGCUCUGGCUGUGCGGGCGCUGUCCGCGGAGGCGAGAGUGGCGGCUGGCGCGGCCCGCGUCGUGUUCGUGCUGAGCGGGGCCCUGCGGGGCGGCGCGGCGGCGGCGGUGCGGGCCGUGCUCGGGCAGGGCGCCGUGCGGCACUGCGUGCUGGUGUGCGGCGGAGAGCCGGAGGGCGGCGGGCCGGCCGAACUGGAGGAGACCUUGCGGCGCUGGAUGGGCGAGGGCGGCCACGCCGAGGUGGUGCUGCGGGGCACGCCGCUCCUGGCGCCCGUCUCGGCGGAGCUCUGCCUGCUGCCCGGCCUGGCCACGCUCCUCCCGCCUCUGUCCGGCCCCGGCGGCCCCGGCCCCGCGGAGGUCGGGCUGGGUGGGUUGCCCGCCGAGUUGCGGACGGCCGUGCGGGCCCUGGUGGGCGACCUGGACGAUCUGUUCUCCGCCCUGGGCCUGCGGGAGGAGAACUUCGCCGUGGGGGCCCUCAGCAGGAUCGUCGCCGCUGAGCUGGCAGGCUACGCCCCAGCCAGGAACAGGAGGAGGACAGCCACCAACAAGGCCUCUGUCGUCUUUGUGGACAGGACGUUGGACCUCGCUGGAGCAGUUGGUCAUCAUGGUGACAAUCUUGCAGAGAAGAUACUUUCUGUGCUUCCCAAGCUUCCUGGCCACAAGACUGAUGUGAAGGUUAACAUGGUGGAACUUACAGCAUUGCAGACUACAGAUGAAACCUGCAGUAUUAUAGCACCUGGCUGCUUAGCACAACCAAAUGAUCCAGCUGCCAAAGCUCUCUGGGAGUCCUUCAUGAACCUCAAACAAAAGGAAGCUGUGAUGGAGGCCAGGAGACACCUUGUGGAGGCUGCAAGCAGAGAAAAUUUACCUAUUAAGAUGAGCAUGGGCAGAGUCACCCCAGAACAGCUCAGUUCAUACAUUAAGCUUUUCAGAAAUAAUCUCAAAGCUUUGGAGAACCAUUGUGGUCUUCUACAGCUUGUACUGGCCACAGUCCAGACUUUGAAACACCCCCAGACUUCCAAAUGGGACAACUUCCUUGCCUUUGAGAGAUUACUUCUGCAGGUACUCAGUUCUAAAAUGUCCUGCUAGAGGUAGAAAACAGCCCACUUACACUAUUUUAUCAUAACUAAAGAUCUCUCACUACAUUUUUCACACUUAUGUUGGCUCAAUAAAUUUUUUACAUCUGUAGCAAGAAAGUUUGGUUUUGACUGGAAGUGCAGCUGCAUGCUUACUGUGGAGUUGUCCUCUCCUUAACUGGGAUGGAUGGGUGAUCUGAGAGCCAAACUGGAUAUCGAUGGAAUCAUGGCCUUGACCUCAAAGGAAAGAGGAUCAUGUGCUGGUUAAGAGUAAUGCAUCAGAAUGAUUAAUCUUGCUGGUCACAAAUUUUCUCUGUGUUCUGCUGCUCUACCUCUGCACAUGAUAGAGCUUGCACUACCCAGAAGUUUUAAAUGAUGUGUGAAUUGAAACAGUAUAUCCUAUUUAUCAAGGAGAUAUCCUGCCCCAUCAUAUUUUCCCUCUCUUGGGGUCCUCUUUCUAUUUUUUCUGAUUCUGACUGUCCAUAAAACGGAUAGAUGGGAAGGGGAACACAAACUAAAUGCUACACCACACUGCCUUUGACUCCUCAGUAUUCCUUGUGCAACUGCCUUGUUUUCCUUCAAGAGAGAGUUUAAUAUUUGGGGAGGUAACAAAAUAAGAAAGUGUUACCACUCCACACGUUUUAGCUAUACCCCUGUUCUUCUAAAAUGUGUAACUUUAAUGCGGGUUCAUUAAUCAGGAUGGCCCAUGAAAUACAAAAGCACAAGAGAAGCC